CUAAAUCAACAUCAUCAUCUACAGAAGGGAGGAAUUCACGGCGGCGCUUGAACAAUGCUCAUCGGGAGGAAUCCCUGUUCCUUCUCCCACGACCACCACUCUACCGCCUCUCCUGUUCCUUCCCAAAACCCACAACUAGUACUUCUUCUUCUUCUUCCACAACUUUCUAACUUCCCCAUCCACCGAGUCCUCCUCCCCUUUAAGAGAAGCCAUCCAAAAAUCAAAGAAAUUUCAAACAAAACCCUAAAUACCUGGGCACUGCUAAGGGGAAGCAGCACAGUUCGAUUUCGCUGAACAAAGAGCAGGGGAAGGUGAAAUCAGUUAAUGGGUUUCCUCUCAUGAGGCAAAAAAAAUUGUUGGACAGCAUCGCAGAAUGAUGGGUCCUCAUCAUUGGGGUUCGGGUCGGAGGUACGUUCGGCUGCAAGGGCGACCUGAAACCGCCUAUUCGGACGUACACAGGUGGUUUGCUUCUGGCGGCGAUAGCGGAAGGAAUGACGAGGAGAAGAAAAAGAGAGAUGGAAGGGAUAGAAAAUUGAAGAGCGAAGGAGGCGGUGGUGGUGGAAGAAUAGAUUCGUUUGGUGUGGAGGAGACUGUCGGUGGCUGGCCUAAGUGGUUAACCAUGGUGGGUGGGAUUCCUCUCGACGAGCAUUCUUCAAGCGCCGCCGUUGAAAUCCUCCCUCUUGUUGACGAUGAUGUCGAUUUAGUUUAGGGUUUGGAUUUGGGGCUUUGGGGAUUUUGGGAUAAUAAGAGGAUUUUGGGAUAAUAAGAUUGGAUUUUUUUUAAUUUGUUAAUUUUUAUUUUAAUUGAAUUACAAAAUUAAAAUAAUAUUAUUUCUAGUGUUUUUUGCUGAGUCACUAACGGAAUAGUGUUUGACCGUCAAUAUUAACAGUCAAAGAAAAUUUUGGGCCAAAUUUGUCCAAUAGUUUCAAAAAUAGGUCAUAAAUGUCUUAUUUGAAA